AUCUGUUAAAUAGGAAGGAAAGGGGAAGAAGAUGGAUACAGAUGUUGAUGCGGAGAUCGUGAUCGUCGGAGCUGGUAUUUGCGGCCUUGCAACAGCCCUUGCUCUUCACAGAAAGAGAAUUAAAAGUGUGGUGUUAGAAAGAUCAGAGAUUGUUCGAGCAACAGGAGCAGCUAUAAUUGUGCAGGCAAAUGGGUGGCGUGCACUUGAUGAGCUUGGCAUUGGUUCAACACUUAGAGAAACUGCUAUUCAAAUUCAAAGGGGAAGAUUCAUAUCUCUUAACGAGGUUGAGCCAAUGGAAUUUCCAUUCGGUGUUAACAAGGAAUUUCGUUGUUUAAAGCGCACUGAUCUGGUGAAAGUCAUGGCCGAUAAUUUACCAACAGGGACUAUACGCACCAAUUGUCAAGUGCUUUCUGUCGAAUUAGAUCCUGUAACAAAGUUUCCACACCUAAUGCUUAGCAAUGGAAGUGUUCUUCAAGCUAAGGUUGUUAUUGGAUGUGAUGGUGUGAAUUCUGCCAUUGCAAGCAUGUUUGGGUUACACCGAACCACGCUCAGGCUCUUCUCUACGAGUGUUGCACGAGGCUUCACAAAUUAUCCAAAUGGUCAUCGAUUUUCCAGUGAAUUUGUGAUGAUGAGCAAAGGUCAAGUCCAACUUGGAAGGCUUCCAGUGACAGACAAACUUGUUUAUUGGUUUGUGACAAGGCUAAGGACUUCUAAAGAUUCAAAAAUCUGGAAAGACCCAGUGCUCAUUAGACAAUCGUUGAUGGAGUCAAUGAAAGGUUUCCCAGAAGAGGCGAUGGAAAUGAUGAGAAAUAGCAAGUUGAGCUUCUUGCAUCUCACCGAGUUGAAGUAUAGGCCACCGUGGGACUUGCUCUUCAACAACUUCAGGAAAGGAACGGUAACAAUUGCUGGUGAUGCAAUGCAUCCCACAGGCCCAUUUGUUGCACAGGGUGGCUCAGCCUCCAUAGAAGAUGCCAUUGUUCUUGCUAGAUGUCUUGCACAGAAGGUGUUCGAUAAUAAGAACAAGACAGAGGAAACGGCAAUAAACAGUGCAAUGGCAGAGGAAGCGUUUGAUCAAUAUGUGAAAGAAAGGAAAAUGAGAAACUUUUGGCUCUCUUUUCAUUCUUUCCUUGUUGGUAAGAAGCUUGACACAACAUCAUCCAUAAUCAGAUUCAUUAUCCUUGCAAUCAUGUCCACUCUAUUUAGAGACCCCGAUUGGCAUUCCCGUUAUCAUUGUGGAAAUCUAUAGGAACAUCAAGCUUUGGAUAUUCAUAUCAUUUCAAAUACUAUUCUAUUGUAUAUCAUGAUCAUUAAUAUUUUAUAUUCCAAAACCCUCACACCAUGUUAGUCAUGUUAAUAAAUUAGUAGUUUUUAGGUGUUAUGGCUUCAGUACUCAAAUUUAUUGCCAUUUAGGUGAUGUAAUGUAACAUAUGGUUGGUAUCUAUUGAUUUUAUUAAUAUGUUGUAAGGUUAGUGUAAAC